GGACGUUUUGAUCGCAGAAAAGCUCCGCGUCGUCUUUUUGAGCUGUAGGUCGGCCAUUGAUUGAUUCUUUUUUUCAGUAGAAAUAGGAUUUUUAGUCAUGGUUGUUGGACCAGAAGAUCAGCAGGAAAAUUCCGACGAAGCAGUGAAGACAGUGCUGAAGUCUUUGGAUGACCCAGAAACUGCCGGUUUAAUUCUAGAAGAACAAGCAAAUGCCUUAAAGAAGAUAUUAGGUGACCCUUCUGUUCUCAAGCUUAUCCGUGCACAUGACAAGCUAGAGGAGGGACGCAAGCAAGUUGAAAAUCAAGAUACUAAACAGCUUGCGAAAGAGGUGUUGGAAGAAUUAGAGCCAAAAGUUGCUACAGAUAACAAUGCAGCAGAAUUGUCAGGACUUUUGCAAGAACCACAUUUCUUGGCAUUAAUGGAGUCACAUGAUGCAGUUGCUUUCAAAACUUAUGAUUCACCACCUCCUUAUUCUGGAAUUGAGAAUUCAAAUGGCUAUGGUGGUGGAGAACCAAUACGGAUGGUUGGGCUUCACAAACAAACCAAUGAACAUUUAGGUGUGACACUGAAAGUUGAUGAUGGGCAACUUGUAAUAUCAAGGAUUAUCCAUGGCGGCAUGAUUGACAGACAAGGUCUCCUCCAUGUUGGAGAUAUCAUAAAAGAAGUUAAUGGAAAAGACACUGGUGGAAAUGCUGAAGAACUUCAGAAUUACUUGAGCAAGUCAAUGGGCAAAAUAACCCUAAAAGUUUUGCCAAGUUACCAUGAAUCACCAGCACUUUGCCAGGUUUAUGUCAGGGCACACUUUUCAUAUGACCCUACUAAGGAUGAUCUCAUUCCUUGUGCUGAUGCUGGACUAGCAUUUGAAAAAGGUGAAGUGCUUCAGAUCGUUGAUCAAGAAGAUCCAAACUGGUGGCAGGCAAAACGAGUGGGCAGUAGCAAGGAGGCAGGGAUCAUUCCAAGCCAAAUAUAUGAAGAAAGGAGAAGAGCUGGGGUGAAAAAGCCUAAAUCAGGAGGUGGUUUCUUGUGUGGUAGUAAGAAGAAACAGAAGAUGAUGUACACAUCUGCCAAAAAUUCGGAAUUCGACAAACAUGAACUAACUUUGUAUGAAGAGGUAGCAAGGAUGCCGCCAUUCAAUCGCAAAACACUUAUCCUGAUUGGUGCCCAAGGUGUUGGUCGUCGAACAUUGAAAAACAAACUUAUAAUGUCUGAUCGAGCAAGAUUCGGGACGACUGUUCCUCAUACCAGCCGACAGCCUCGCGAGGGAGAACAGAAUGGACAAGGAUACUUUUUUGUGGCUCGAGAGGAAAUGGAGCGUGACAUACGCGCUGGUAAAUACAUCGAGUAUGGAGAGUACGAUGGUAACCUGUACGGAACUAAAAUCGAUACCAUUAGGGAAAUCAUGCGAUCUGGAAAGAUGUGCUUUCUGGAUGUCAACCCAACGGCACUGAAAGUCCUUAAAACACCAGAAUUCAUGCCAUACAUCGUUUUCCUUGCUGCUCCAAAGUUUGAAACAUUAAAAGAAAUAAACCAACAAGCCCUUUCAAAAGGCACGACAAACAAGAAGCGAUCGGACGAAGAACUCCGAAACGUAGUCGCCGAAUCGGAACGCCUCUACAAUUUAUACUCUCAUUACUUUGACUUGACCCUCGUUAAUACUGAUAUGGAUGCAACCUUUCAAAAACUAGAGGAUGCAAUCGACGCUCUUAGCACUGAACCACAGUGGGUUCCUGUUAGUUGGGUCUAUUAAUGCGAAAAYUGAUUUCCACGUAAAGACUUCAGUCGUUUGAUAAAGAUAAAGUUAGCUGCUUUUCUAGAAAAUACUUUUUUUUCGUUGUCUGGCCUGCGCAUUAGGAAAGUUGCAUGUUUGGAUGAUAAGCGUUGUGUAGCAAUGUAAUCUUCUAGUUAUGAUCUUUGAGAAAAUUAAGAAAGAUCGCAUAUCUAGUUACUAUUUUUCAAAAUCAGAAUUGUUUCUUGUAAAAGAUAAAUCAAGUCUAAGUCAUUAGCGGUAUCUGUGAUAAUAACUGGGCCUUAACCAGAUUUAAAACUCGAAAUCUAAAACAAAUUGGGAUUUUUAGAUUCCACUGCGGCUCGUUCUGAUGUUAAGAUGUGCUUGUUGAAUAGGCCAUUUGCACGAAUAGAUAACUUGUUUCCGUCUUCUUUUACCAAGCAGUUGUGUUAAAAUCAACCAUACAAAAGGCUAUGAAGUGAAAGAACAGUUUCAGGCUACCCAUCCAUCACAUGUGCAUUUAUCAUACAUCGGUUCUAGCAAAAUAUUCGUUAGAUUUAAUGCUAUUGCUGCAGAAUCACGUUUUUACUAGUAGUAUGAGCUCAAGUGUUGGCUUUUAAGCAACAUCUAAGUGUCUGUUUUGACGCAGCUGCUUGGUUGGGGUGUGAGGUGAGAGGAGGGGUCGCAUGACCUAUUAGUGCAAAUGGUCCAUUCUUGGGUCAUUGUACCUUGUUAUCUUGAAUAUUUUAAAGAGUUUUGCUACAUAAUUAGUUUAUGUAAUGCAUGAUAUAAAUAACAGGUCCAUGUAAAGCAUACACUAGCACAACAUGAAUUAAAAGUUUGAGACCCAAUUACUUUUCUCAAUCCAAA